AUGAAAUCCACCACAACAACAUACACCACUACCCACAAGCAUUCCACCCCAAGACUUAUCUUAAAGACUACCAGCUCUAAUGUCUCCGCCUCCAGCUCACCAACAAUGGGCACCACAUCGAUAACUCUAACCUCUUCCCCAAUAACAACCACCGGCUCUUUCUACCUUCCAUCGUCACAGAUAUCAUCACAGAAGCAAAAUAAAAAGGGCCGUCUCAUUCAGACGCACCUACGGAAACCUCCGGCGUUAGAUACUUACAUCCGAACCACCGAACCGGUGAACGUUAAAGUCAAGGUCAACAACUAUUAUUAUGAUUCUCCAAAACGGCAUGGUUCACUUUCUUCUUCCUGCUCUUCAACCUCCUCCGAGGAUAACGGUCGUUACCCAAACUUCACCAACGAGGAAUUAAUGUACGCCAAGAAAUCUGUCGACAGUCGACCUCCUUCGCGACGAGGUUCUUCGUCUGUCAAAUUUGUUAGGUUCGCGGGGGAGUAUAAUGACGGAAGCAGCAUCACCGACUCCUCGAGUGGCACCAACAGCGCGGACGAGUGGGACCCAGAGGAGAUGGAAGAGGAAGAAGAGCAAUUCUACUUUUCACCCGUCCCAAUGUUCAACACCCGAGUAACGACGCGGGGAUGCUGCGAGUUGAUUCGAUAA